UUUUUUUUUUAGAAUAUUUUAAAAUUAUACAAGUUUGAAAAUGCAUCAAAUUGCACUCUAAUAAAUACUAUGAAAUUACCUAAUGGAAUGUUUUUGAUUGACAUACGAACUCGAAUUGACAAAUCUGUGAUAAAUAUGCUACUGAUUAUCAUGAAUUCAGAUCAAAUUUACAGUAUAGAAUCAUGGGAGUUAAAAAUUGAAGAAAUUUUUCCUGAACAUUUGAUUAAAAAAAGCGAUACUUUAUCGAAACAUUUGACCGAAUUAGUUGAAAUGUUGCAACAAAGAAAACCUUUUUUAGAAAAAGCUACAACCUUAUGGUCUCUUUUAUUCUCUGCACAUGAAGAUUUAACAAUAUCAAAACUUUUAAUCUUGCAAGAUUUAAUAUUAGAUUCAGGAACUGUGAAAAACAUUAAUGUUUUCAUAAAUGAAGAUAUUAUAAUGCCUCGAGAAUUAGAACAAUGCAUGGGAAUUUAAUCCAUGAAAUUGAUAAUGUUUUAAUGUCUAAAAUUUUAAUGUGGAAUAAAAUAAAUAGAAAUAUCAUUAUUGAUGGAGAUGCAUUUAUUGAAGAAUUGCAGAUUAAUAAACUGAUUGCAGAUUUUUUUAAUGAUGUUGAUAUUUAUUCGAAUGAUAUUACAGAUUCAAGUAAAAUGCAAAAAUUUUCAAUUUCGUUGCAGAAAGAAGAUAUGAUUAUAAAUGAUCUUAAAGUAGAAUCUAUUUGUGGAAUUCCAUUCCGAUAUUGGUCUCUAGCUAAUGAUAUAUUAAAAUUAGAAAUAAAUUUAGCAUCAGAUA